UGCAAGAGUUUGGGUGGUGUUUGGAGUAUGUUUGAUGAUGUUUGGAUGAUGGGUUUUGUGUUUCUUUGAUGAAUUGUUGUGUUUGGUAGGGGGUUCGGGUUUUUCGGGUUAGAGUUGGCAACGUUGGGCGCGGCGUUCGUGUCGGCUCGGCGAAGUUCGGGCAGUUUUGUCCGUUGGCAGCGGGCUUGUCGCGUUCACUUGCUGAACUGUCAGAAACGUUGAAUUGGACACACUAGACCGGUGCAACUUGCGAGAAAACGGAGACAGUUUUUCGAGUGCGUUAAGGUGCCGAUAGAGUUACAGUAGAGUUGUAGUGGAGCCUUAAAUGUGUUAGGGUUAGAGUUGGAGACUUUCGGUUCGGUUAAACUUUGAGUGAGCGGGGUACACACCUUUGCCAUGGCGGCCGACACGGACACCCAGAAGGAUCGUUACGAUCCCGAGCUAAAGUACUUGUACGUCGACAGGAACGCUUACAACGACCCGGCCACGCAGGCCGAAUGGACGCAGAAAAGGCUCGUCUGGGUGCCGCACGAGAACCAGGGCUUCGUGGCGGCCAGCAUCAAGGCCGAACGCAACGAAGAGGUCGAGGUGGAGCUCCAGGACACCGGGAAGCGCGUCUUCGUCAACAAGGACGACAUCCAGAAGAUGAACCCCCCCAAGUUCGACAAGGUGGAGGACAUGGCCGAGCUCACCUGCCUCAACGAGGCCUGCGUCCUCCACAACCUCAAAGACCGAUACUACUCCGGUCUCAUCUACACCUAUUCCGGCCUUUUCUGCGUCGUGGUGAACCCAUACAAAAAACUGCCGAUCUACACGGAAAAAAUAAUGGAACGUUACAAAGGUAUCAAAAGGCACGAAGUACCGCCGCACGUGUUUGCCAUAACAGACACCGCCUACAGAUCCAUGCUGCAAGAGCGCGAAGACCAAUCGAUUUUGUGUACCGGCGAAUCCGGUGCCGGUAAAACGGAAAACACCAAAAAAGUUAUACAGUAUUUGGCCUAUGUGGCCGCGUCAAAGUCGCCCAAGACAGCUGGAGCGCAAAAAGAUCUUAUCGGCGGAUUAGAACAACAACUCCUCCAAGCCAAUCCGAUCCUGGAAGCCUUUGGAAAUGCGAAAACAAUCAAAAACGACAACUCUUCCAGAUUUGGUAAAUUCAUUCGCAUCAACUUCGAUGCUUCCGGGUACAUCGCCGGAGCUAACAUCGAAACCUAUCUGCUCGAAAAGUCGCGCGCCAUCAGGCAAGCCAAGCAGGAGAGGACCUUCCACAUUUUCUACCAGCUACUGGCCGGCGCUUCGGAAGCCCAAAGAAAGGAGUUUAUCUUGGAAGAAUCCAAGUCCUAUUCGUUUUUGACUGACGACAAUCACAUAGUGCCGGGGGUCGACGAUGCUUUGGAGUUCCAGGCCACCGUGAAAAGCAUGAACAUCAUGGGCAUGACCGACGAUGAUUUCAGCGCCAUCUUUCGCCUGGUCUCGGCGGUGAUGCUCUUCGGUAAAAUGCAGUUCAAGCAGGACCGCACCUCGGAUCAAGCCACACUACCGGAUAACACUGUGGCCCAAAAGAUCUCCCAUUUGUUGGGGUUAAGCGUUACGGAGAUGGUGAAGGCUCUAUUGAAGCCCAGAAUCAAAGUGGGCAGGGAUUUCGUGACGAAAAGUCAGACCAAAGAGCAGGUGGAGUUCGCCGUCGAGGCCAUCUCCAAGGCCUGCUACGAGCGGAUGUUCAAGUGGUUGGUGACCAGGAUCAACAGGUCUCUGGGCAGAACCAAAAGGCAAGGGGCCAGCUUCAUCGGCAUCCUCGACAUAGCCGGUUUCGAGAUCUUCGAGUUGAACUCGUUCGAGCAGCUGUGCAUCAACUACACCAACGAGAAGCUGCAGCAGCUCUUCAACCACACCAUGUUCAUCUUGGAGCAGGAGGAGUACCAACGGGAGGGCAUCGAAUGGAAGUUCAUCGAUUUCGGUCUCGAUCUUCAGCCGACGAUCGAUUUAAUCGACAAACCGAUGGGCAUCAUGGCUUUGAUAGACGAGUCCUGUUUGUUCCCCAAAGCCACGGAUAAGACGUUCGUGGAGAAGCUGGUCAGCUCGCACGUGCAACACCCCAAGUUCAAGAAGAGCGAUUUUAGAGGCGUGGCAGACUUCUCCAUCAUCCACUACGCCGGUAAAGUGGAUUACUGCGCGAACCAGUGGUUGAUGAAGAACAUGGACCCUCAGAACGAAAACGUCGUGUCUUUACUGCAGGGUUCCACCGAUCCAUUCGUGGUGCACAUCUGGAAGGACGCCGAAAGCAUCGGAAGAGCCAAAGGCAUGAUGCGAACCGUCUCCUACCUGUACAAAGAGCAGCUGAACAACCUCAUGGUGACCCUGAGGAACACCAACCCCAACUUCGUGCGCUGCAUAAUCCCCAACCACGAAAAACGCGCGGGGAAAAUCGACGCACCCCUGGUUCUCGACCAAUUAAGAUGCAACGGUGUCCUGGAAGGCAUACGUAUCUGCAGACAGGGCUUCCCCAACAGGAUCCCCUUCCAGGAGUUCAGACAGCGCUACGAACUCCUCACGCCCAACGUGAUCAACAAGGGAUUCAUGGACGGCAAGAAGGCGUGCGAGACGAUGAUCAAGAACCUCGAACUGGACUCGAACCUGUUCAGGAUCGGCCAGUCGAAGAUCUUCUUCAGGGCCGGCGUUCUGGCGCAUCUCGAGGAAGAGCGGGACUACAAGAUCACCGAUUUGAUCGUCAACUUCCAAGCGUUCUGCCGCGGUUUCCUGUCGCGCAGAAACUAUCAGAAGCGCGUGCAGCAGCUGAACGCCAUCAGGAUCAUACAGAGGAACUGCUCGGCGUACUUGAAGCUGCGCAACUGGCAGUGGUGGCGGCUGUACACCAAGGUGAAGCCGCUGCUCGAGGUCACCAAGCAGGAGGAGAAGCUGAUGCAGAAGGAGGACGAGCUGAAGCAAGUGAAGGACAAGUUGGAGCACCACAUCAAGUCCGCUCAAGAGUACGAGAAGAAGUUCCAGUCGGCUCAGGAGGAGAAGAUGGUUUUGCAGGAGCAGCUGCAAGCGGAGGUUGAGUUGUGCGCCGAGGCCGAGGAAAUGAGGGCACGAUUGACGGCCAGAAAGGCCGAAUUGGAGGAGAUUUUACACGAUUUGGAAACUAGAAUCGAGGAGGAGGAAGAAAGGGCUACUGUGCUCUCCAGUGACAAGAAGAAGUUGCAGUUGACCAUUCAGGAUUUGGAAGAGCAAUUGGAAGAAGAGGAGGCUGCAAGGCAGAAGCUUCAGCUGGAGAAAGUGCAGUGCGACGCCAAGAUCAAGCAACUCGAAGAAGAUUUAGCUCUGAGCGACGAUACGAACCAGAAACUCGUAAAGGAGAAAAAAAUUAUCGAGGAGCGUAGCAACGAUUUAAGCCAAACCUUAGCCGAAGAGGAAGAAAAAGCCAAGCACCUGGCGAAAUUGAAGGCCAAACACGAAGCCACCAUCGCCGAGCUGGAAGAACGCCUCAUAAAAGACCACCAGCAAAGACAAGAAACCGACAGAACCAAAAGAAAAGUGGAAACCGAAGUCAACGACCUUAAAGAACAGCUGUCGGAAAAACGCACCCAAAUCGAGGAAUUGCAACUGCAACUGGGCAAGAAAGAGGAGGAAUUGAACCAAGCCAUGGCCAAAGUGGACGAGGAGGGAGCCCAGAAAGCCCAAGCCCAGAAGGCUCUGAGAGAGUUGGAAAGUCAGCUCACCGAGCUUCAGGAAGACCUCGAAGCCGAGAAAGCGGCCAGAAGCAAGGCGGAAAAAAUGAAGCGCGACUUGAACGAAGAACUCGAAGCGCUCAAAAACGAACUUUUGGACUCUCUGGACACGACGGCCGCUCAGCAAGAGUUGAGAUCCAAGAGGGAACAGGAGUUGGCCAACCUCAAGAAAACUUUGGAAGAAGACACGCAAUCUCACGAGGUCAACCAGGCGGAUAUGCGGCACAAGCACUCGCAAGAAUUGGCCGCCCUCAACGAGCAGUUGGAGAACAUCAAGAAGACGAAGAUCACGCUGGAGAAGUCCAAGCAGUCUUUGGAGGCGGAAAAUGCGGAUUUGACGAGCGAGUUGAGGAACGUGGGAGCCAGUCGACAAGAGGGCGAAAGGAGGCGCAAGCAGGCCGAAAGCCAACUCAGCGAGCUUCAGGGCAAGUUGGCCGAAGUCGAGAGAGUCAAAAACGAGCUGCAAGAGAAAACGUCCAAGCUUCAGCAGGAGGCUGAAAGUGUCGCGCAGCAAUUGGAAUCGGCCGAACUAAAGGCAUCGGCCGCCAUCAAGAACCAGGCUACCACGGAAUCGCAGUUCGCCGAGGCUCAAGCCGCUUUGGAAGAAGAAACCAGGCAGAAGUUGGCGCUGAGCUCGAAGCUGCGCCAACUGGAAAGCGACAGGGAGCAGUUGCAAGACCAAAUAGAGGAAGAAGAGGAGGCCAAGAAGAACCUCGAGAAGCAACUGGCUGUUUUGAGCGUGCAACUGGUCGAGGCGAAGAAGAAGGCCGACGACGAGGCCGAGCAAGCCGCUAUUUUGGAGGAGAGCAAGAAGAAGCUCGCCAAAGACUUGGAGGCGUUGCAGAGGCAGGUGGAAGAGCUGCUGGCGACGAACGACAAGCUGGAGAAGAGCAAGAAGAAGAUCGCCGCGGAGCUGGAAGACGCCAACAUCGACUUGGAGACUCAGAGGCAGAAAGUGUCCGAGUUGGAGAAGAAGCAGAAGAACUUCGAUAAGGUUUUGGCCGAGGAGAAGGCGGUCAGCGAGCAGUUGGCGCAGGAAAAAGAAGGCGUGGAAAGGGAGGCUCGCGAUAAGGAGACGCGCGUUCUCUCGCUGAUGCGCGAGUUGGACGAUUCGAACGUGAAGAUCGAGGAGUUGGAGAGAGUGCGCCGCCAACUUCAAGCGGAACUGGACGAGUUGGUGAACAACCAAGGCACGGCGGAUAAGAACGUGCACGAGCUGGAGAAAGCCAAGAGAUCGCUGGAGAGCCAACUCGCCGAGCUGAAAGCUCAAAACGAAGAGCUCGAGGACGAACUGCAACUCACGGAAGACGCCAAGCUGCGGUUGGAAGUGAACAUGCAGGCGUUGAGAGCUCAGUUCGAGCGCGACAUUCAAGCUAAGGAAGAGCAAGCGGAAGAGAAACGCAGGGGAAUCGUCAAGCAGCUCAGAGACUUGGAGGCGGAGUUGGACGAGGAGCGCAAGCAGAGGACGGCGGCCGUCACCGCGAGGAAGAAGUUGGAGGGCGACUUGAAGGAAAUGGAGGGGCAAAUCGAGAUGCAGAUCAAAGUGAAGGAGGACGCCUUGAAGCAGCUCAAAAAAUCGCAGCAGCAAUGCAAGGAGGCGGUUAGGGAUGCGGAGGAGUCGCGCGCGGCCAGAGACGAGCUCGCUGUCGGUUGCAAAGAGGCCGAGAAGAAGGCCAAGACUCUCGAGGCUGAAGUGUUGCAGCUCACCGAAGAUUUGGCCAGCUCUGAGAGAUCGAGGAGAGCUGCGGAGACGGAGAGGGACGAACUUUUGGAGGAGAUCAACAACGGAUCCAACAAAGCCGGUUUGUUGAUCGACGAGAAACGCCGUCUGGAAGCGAGAAUAGCGUCUUUGGAAGAGGAAGUCGAGGAGGAACAGAGCAACAACGAAAUCCUGGCGGACCGAGCGCGCAAAGCUCAGCUCAGCAUCGAGCAACUCACGACCGAGUUGGCGAACGAAAGGUCCACCUCUCAGAAACACGAAUCCGGACGACUGUUGCUCGACCGUCAGAACAAAGAGCUCAAGGCCAAGCUGACGGAGCUGGAGACGGCUCAGAGGCUCAAGACCAAGGCCACGAUCGCCGCUCUGGAGUCGAAGAUCGCCAACUUCGAGGAGCAGCUCGAGGUCGAGGCCAAGGAGCGUCUGACGCAGCAGAAGACCAACAGGAAGAUGGAUAAGAAGGUCAAGGAGCUGGUGAUGCAGCUCGAGGACGAGAGGAGGCACGCCGAUCAGUAUAAGGAGCAGGUGGAGAAGGGGAACGCGAGGGUCAAGGCGCUGAAGCGACAGCUGGACGAGGCCGAGGAGGAAAUUAGCAGGGAGAAGGCUCAGAAGAGGAAGGCAAUGCGCGAGUGCGAGGAUAUGUUGGAAAGCCACGAAUCCAUGACCAGGGAAAUUAGCAACCUUAAAAGCAAGCUGAGGCGCGGUACCGGUGCGAUGGGGCUGUCCUCUUCGAGGAUAAGCACCGCGAAAAGGAGCUCGAUAAAGGUGGAGCCCUCUAGCGGAAACGGAAGCGGCGACGAUUCCACCACGCAGGACGAGGCGAUGGACGGAGAGGACGCGCCCAACUAAACAUUACCACCAACCCAACAAAAAUUAAUUCUAUUCGCGCGCCAAUCGAAAAUAGCCGGUCGAAAUUGUAAGCCUAACCGCCAUAUUCUAUAUUGUAGGUAUUUAUUUCGUCAAUAAUUGCAUCAUCAAAUUUUUACUUUUUGUGUAUAUACUGUAAUUGUUUACAAAAGUACUUACUCUCUUCAAAAUUCUUUAUAUUAUUAUUAUUACAGGGUAUCAUCCGGUAUUUUUUGUAUCAAUAGAAUUAAUUUGAUUCUAUAAUUUUGCAUUUUUAUUUAUGCGUUUACACUUUUUGUAUUAUUUUUCUUUUAUACUGCAUAUUUAACUGAUAAUUAGGUAAUUAAUUGCUAGUAAGAUUUUUUAUUGGAUCAUUUGAAAUAUAAAAAUACCAUAAUUUAUAUUAAUCAUAUCGGGUACAUAAUAUAUUUCUUUUUUAUAUACACAUAAUUAUCAGAGUAUGCUAUAACAAUAAUAAUUAUGAUAGUAAAGUAACAAUUUUGAUACAUAAUAUUGUAGAAUAUAUAUUUUGUAAAGACAUCUAUUUUUAAGUAAUCAUAACUUUUGAUAUGUAUGGUUUUUUGUAAAAAAAUUUCCUGCGUUUUUAUGUACAUAAUAUUGGGUAUAGGGCUCAUUUAAUUAUACUAAACGAUUUAAUUAAACCAUAAAACAU